AUGCAAUCCUAUCCUACGCGACUCGAUGCAAUUUGUGAAGAAGUGCACGGCGAUUUCACAUCAUCUGGUGUGAGUAGUGUUCAGUUACUUUGUCAACAGAUUAGAAGGCUGCGUAUAAAUGCUCACCGCCUCACAACGGAGCAGAUUCCCUCACUAGGGGUAGAUAUCACUGCACUCCAAGAACCUCAUUUAAGAAGCCUACAACAAACGAACAUGGAUGUCGGCAUCGAUGAGUGCAAGCCAACCGCAGCAAACGUUAUCCUUGGAGCAGAAUCCCUCUUUUCACACUGUAAAAAACUAAGUACAGACGUGACUCGUGGGCUGCACAGGGUAGCUGGGAAAGAGCACUAUCCAAUAAAUUUGUUUGCGAUUGGGUACACUCCACAGUACUACAAGAAACAGCACCCAAGCUACAAGGCCAUACAGACUACACAACAAGCAAUUCAACCACAACGGCUACAAACUCCUCCACCGUCCGGUUACACGGCGGACGAGCAACUUUCAGUGCAACAAGUACUGACACAAGAAACAACAGAUAUUGUGCCAUCAACAAAGAAAAAUGAAAAAUCUGCACCGUUUGGACAGCAAGCCGGAGGCGACAAGCCCGCACCGUUUGGGCAGUCAGCCGGGGGCGACAAGCCAGCACCGUUUGGACAGCCAGCCGGGGGCGACAAACCAGCACUGUUUGGACAGCCAGCCGGAGGCGACAAGCCCGCACUGUUUGGGCAGCCAGCCGGGGGCGACAAGCCCGCACCGUUUGGGCAGCAAGCCGGAGGCGACAAGCCAUCA